AUGGGAGUACCGACCUUUUAUCGCUGGCUCUGCAGCCGGUACCCGCGCGUGGUACAGGAUGUGAAGGAUGACCUGAACGAGCGGGAUGUGGACUUCACCGACGUGGAAGCCUUCGGGAUGGAGCUGCUGAUGCCUAACCCGAACGGCGAAUUCGACAACCUCUAUGUAGACAUGAACGGUCUGAUCCACCCAUGUUGUCACCCCGAAGGACUGGAGCAGCCGCCAUCGGAGGAGGUGAUGUUCCAGUGUAUAUUCGACUACCUGGACCGCCUCUUCUACCUGGUGCGCCCGCGUAAGUUGCUGUUCCUGGCCAUCGAUGGCGUCGCUCCGCGCGCAAAGAUGAAUCAGCAGCGCUCCCGCAGAUUCAAAUCGGCUGCGGAGGCUGACCUAGAGGCUUCGACCUAUGAGAAGGUGUCCGCGGAGUUCGCCGGCAAGAACAUUUUUGUGCCUCCGAAGCAAAAGCGCUGGGACAGCAACGUGAUCACGCCAGGCACCCCGUUCAUGCACGAGUUGAGUCGCCGCGUUGUGUCGUUCAUCGAGGAGCGUCGUCGUCUGUUCGAGUCCUGGUCGCGCAUCCACGUGAUUUAUUCGGACCCGAACGUGCCGGGCGAGGGCGAGCACAAGAUCAUGAACUUUAUCAGGAACCAGCGGCACUCGCCGCAGCACGACCCCAACACCCGUCACGUGCUGCACGGGAUGGACGCCGACCUGAUCAUGUUGGGUCUGGCCACCCACGAGGUCAACUUCUACAUUAUCCGAGAAAUCGCUGUUAUAAUCCCUGCAACACGCAAACCUGAGCAGGAGAUCCGCAAAGCGGUUCUGGCGGCACAGGCGAAUCCGCUGUCCGGGUCUACCAAGCUUCAGAGCGACAAGUCGUACCGAUCCAUGUUGCGCCAGAAUUGGAAACAAAUGCAGUUUUUGCGCAUACCAGUGUUACGCGAGUAUCUAUCGCACCAGCUGUACUUCCCCGCCGGUUGGAGCGGAGGCGGCGGGCCCAUAGCCUUCGAGCGCUGUAUCGACGAUCUGGUCCUGAUGUGUUUCUUCUGCGGAAACGACUUCCUGCCGCACCUGCCUUCGGUAUCUAUCCCCGGAGGGUCAAUUGAUCAGAUGAUACUGCUGUACCAGAGCGUGCUCCCCGAUCUGGGAGACUACCUGACGAACGAGGGCGAGAUUAAUUUCGCCCAGGUAGAGCGAUUUGUGUCGUUCAUCGCUCGUGUGGAGGAUGACGUGUUUCGGACGGAGCAGGAUUUCAAGCAACGCCAAAAGGCGCGUCGAGCACAACAGGAAUCGCAAAAGGCCUCGGCUGAUGAGUCGCCGAGGGAAUCGCCUCGUGCGCCGAAUCCAGAUCGCAGUUUGUCUAAACCCGGCGGGAUGCAAGGAAUGCAAAGCAUCGCCCAUAACGACGCGAAUUCAUCCAAAGUAGAUGGUUCGUCGAAUGGAGUGCCACAUGUGACAAAUGGUCAUGGCACUGCCUCUAAUGUUGACCUCUCUAAAGGGUCGGAUCGGUCGUCGGCGUCCGAAACCGAUAGCUCCACGGAUAAAAAUGCGGCAAGCAACGGUGAUUCAGUUUCCUUCUCCGAACUAGACGUGGAAGUCGCCUUCAAGAAGCGUUGCGACGAGUUGCUCAAGCAAUACCGUGAGAUCGCCAACCCAGUGGAGCCUAUCGACCUGUCGCUGAAUGACCCCAAGCUGUGGAAAGCUGCCUACUAUCGGCAAAAGUUCAAUCUAUCGGAAACUGAUGAUGUGUCUGCCUUUGCCGCCAAAGUUGCGAAAGAAUAUGUCAAGGGCAUGUGCUGGGUGUUGCGGUACUACUACCAGGGCUGUGCCAGCUGGGGCUGGUUCUACCCGUACCACUACGCCCCUUUCUGUUCCGACUUGAAGUUCGAGGGUAUGGAGUUCACCUUCGAUUACGGGGAGCCGUACACUCCCUUUCAGCAGCUGCUGAGUGUGAUGCCAAUUCGUUCGGCGCAUUGCCUGCCCGAUGAGCUGCGGCAUCUGAUGACCGACUCCGAGUCGCCCAUUGCCAGCUUCUAUCCCACGCAAUUCCGCGAGGAUCCGAACGGCAAACGUUACAAGUACCAGUGGGUGGCCCUGCUGCCGUUCAUCGAGGAAGCCAAGCUGUUGCAACUGGCGCGCCCCAUUGAGGCCACCCUGACUCCAGAACUGCAGGAUCGUAAUCGUGUGAGGAAGGACGUACUAUUCGUUGGCAGUGGCGGCACCGAUGCAUUCAUCGGUGAGUUAAACUGUGAGGGUGAUCGCUGUGAAUUCGUAUCAAAGGCCGAGCAGAAGCACCAAAGCGUCCUGUUGAACGGCGCCAAGUUGCCCUCACGCGUGCUGCGCAUUGAGGACCUGAUGGAGGAGGGCCGCAACCGCGGGUUCAACUGCGACAUAGCCAAGAGGAUGAUAACCAACGUAUUGGGGCGAGGGUACUCUGCCGGAAAUGGUGGACCUGACAAAGAUCGGGAUGUGCUGCGCAACUUUGGCCGCGACUUCCACCAGACGCAAAACGCCUAUAAUCCGCAUCACCACCCGUCCCACCAUGAUGGCUCACGCAGAGACAAUCAUCGUGCCAAUAAUGGCUCAGGAAGACGACCACAGGUUGCAGAAGGUGGAUUUGCAGUUCCCCAGAUGCAACCAUUCCGUGGCACCCCAGCCCCUCCUCCGGUUCCCGGUCAUUACGACCCCAAUGGCAUGAGCGGCGCAAAUCGGCAACAGCACCAGCCUCAUAGAGGACACACCCAGCAGUCCCAGCACUACAACCCGCAACCACGCUCUGUUGCGCAUCACAAGGCAGGUGAUGCGCCGCCACACCAUUACGGAGCAGGUGGCGGCAUUACCACUCAUGCGGGAGGUAGAAGGGACAACGACGGUUACCGGGAUUCGCACGGUAUCAGAGGCCCACGCAAUCAGCAACCGCAAUAUAACGAUAAGGGUAAAGAUGGACGGGUUGCCGGCGGGUUUACCCCCGGGGGGCAUCCACCGAACAGUGGUCGUAGGCCUAACGAAGCGUACCCCCCACCUCAUCAGCGCGGACAAGGAUUUUCGAAGCCGACACACGCUGCGCAAAGGGAACAGAAUGCCAAUGAGCCCAGAAGGCACGGACAGCCGAAUUAUUUGGCCGGACACAAGCUGGAGCGGCCGAAGCGCCCUCCGGUGCACGUGGUGGGCGUCCCACCGCCGCCCCCGCCAACCGCUGAGCGCGCCCAAGCGAAAAAUGCCGAGCCAGCCCCUCAGAAGCGAGCUCUCGACAAUGCCGAAGUGCCACCAGCGGCGAAGCCGAACCCUGCAAGCAGACACGAGUGA